GUGGGGCUUGUUUAACCUUUGCCUUGUGGGCAAGCAGGAAGGAGAGACGAUGCUGAGAGAUGUGUGUGUGUUCUGAGCUGCUGUCUGGUGGCCGCGUUCAAGAAAUAAAGUUGGCAGAAGCAACAGGAGAAGUUUCCUUCUUUGCUUCGGAGCUGAAUAACACUGACAAGUUAACAGACUAGUAGCGAACGGAAAAGAAGACGGCUUUUUUGUGUCGAAUACAGAAGAUGAGGACUUUGAUGGAUUUGUGGAUGAGGAUUGAUGAAAAAUAACGGAGACCUGCUAAUGAAAUGGAUGAAAGCCAUCCAGACUGGGCACCCUCAUUACAUCUCGGACACACGGAGGUGAAAGCUGCAGAUAACGAGAGACUACAGAUAACAUUGCACGAGGAGGAACUUUCUCCAACAAGACAGGAGAACGAGCGACUACGACAACAACUGGAAGAUGUUUGCAAGAGUCACUACACAUUACUACACAUUGAAGACACCCAGCAGCUGAUUGGUCGUCAAGAAGACUGUCCCCUUCAGCCACAGGGGGAGCAAAAGCCUAUUAAAGAGGAAGAGGAGGAGCCACAGCCUUCAUUUGUUAAAGAGGAUGAGGAUGAACUCGCGAUCAUUCAGGAGGGAGAGUGUCUUCUAGGACCAGAGGAGGCUGAUCUCUCCAUGUUGCAACUGACUGGUGUUUCUGUGAAGACCGAAGACCAUGAAGACAAACCACUUGAGUCCUCACAGCUUCAUCAUAGUCCAAGUGAGGAGAAGAGAGAACCUUCAAGCAGCAGCUCAACACAACACAUGACAACAGAAGCUGAUGGAGACCACUGUGGAGGAUCACAAGCAGACAACCUCUUAGCUCCACUGUCAGAUAGUGACGACACAACGUCUCACUCUCCUGAAGAUGAAGACAACCAAGAAUCUUUGAGCAGCGAUACAGACUGUGAAGGUGAUAUGAUGACUGACACUGACAACAAACACUCUGAAUGCUUUAAAAAGAAGACAGGUAAAACACGUUUUAACUGCUCAGUUUGUGAUAAAAGAUUUUCUUGUAAGAAUAAUUUGACGCGACACAUGAGAACACACACAGGUGAUAAACCUUUUACUUGCUCACACUGUUUUAGAAGUUUCAUUCAAAAGGUACAAAUGGUAUUGCAUAUGAGAACACACACAGGAGAUAAACCUUUUAGUUGCUCAGAAUGUGGUAAAAGUUUUGCACAAAGGGUACAUAUGAUAUCGCACAUUAGAAUACACAAAGGAGAAAAACCAUUUCCCUGCUCAGACUGUGGUAAAAGUUUCGCACAAAAGGGAGCUUUGACAUCACAUAUGAGAACACACAUCGUAGAAAAACCUUUUAAGUGCUUAGAUUGUGGUAAAAGUUUUGCACAAAAGGGAAAUUUAGAAUCGCAUAUGAGAAUACACACAGGAGAAAAACCUUUUACCUGCUCAGACUGUGGUAAAAGCUUCAAUCACAAAUUAAACAUGAUAAAACACAUGAGAACCCACACAGGAGAAAAACGUUUUAGUUGCUCAGAGUGUGGGAAACGUUUCACUCACAAAGUAGAUGUGAUGAAACACACGAGAACACACACAGGACAGACGUUUUAGUUGCUCAAAUUGUGGUGACACAUUUGAUCGGAAGUCCUCUUUGAAAAGCCUCAUGCAGAGUAACUGAUGGUCUAUUGUUGUUAAAGAUAUUUUAUUUGACUGUAUGCCGUAAUUGCUGAAUGCAGUAACUGCAGAAGUCACUUCCUGUUUGAUUACGUCCAGAUUCGGUUCAGAAAGUAGUGCUUUGAUUCUUUUUACUGACUUUUGAUUCACUCAUAUUUUUGAGUCACUCGUCAGAGAGCGCAUGGUUUGAUUUGAUUUUGCUCAAAUGAUUGUAUCUAAUGAAAGGAAAUAAUGAUAUUAUGUUAUUGUUACAUUGCCUUAUAUUGUAUUCUAUAGUCAGGGUUUCCGUGAAAUAAAAGCCGCCACACUUUGGAAAUUAAGUUUUUCUUCUUUUUUUAUUUUAUUUUGUUUUACGUGAAACCAAUUUUAAGUCAUACAUUGUAUGAUUUGAGAUAUAUGCGAUGUCAGGGGUGCCCAUUCCUCGAUCACUUUGUCAUGACAUCUACAACAACAGAGUGCUCCUAU